ACCAGCUCCUGUCUGGAAAGCCAGCACUGCCCCCUUGCAGAGGCACGGCACUAACCAGCCUACCAGAACCCUUCAAGGUGCUGGAUUUUCACUUGUUGGCGGUGUCCGUGUCCGUUGCAAGGGAAGCAAGGCUUGGUUCACCUGGGACAGCCUGCCUUCCCCCACUUUCCAUGGCACAAGUGUACCAAGUAGGGGAAAAGCCGAGGGGAGGUCUGCUGAGCCAAUGAUCCCUGGUCGAGGUGCAAGCACCACUUGUGUCUGGAAAACUAGGAGAGCCACACAAAAGCAUGAGAGUGCUCCUGUUGUGUGCUCACCUGUGGGGGAAGGAGAGGCCAGUGCUCAAGAAGCAGCUGUGCCAGAGGCUGUCUCCCACUGUGGCGACAGGGAGUGGAAAGUGGUAGUAUCGAGGAGGAGGCGGAAGGCUGCAGCACUGCACAAGCAAGAAUGGAGCUGUGACCUGGCUGCAGACAGGAAAGGCAAAGUUCUUGCUGUGACAGCUGCCAAGUUCUUGAAGUUCGCUUCACCUUUGAAAGCAGUUGUUAGCCAGAAACAGACAUGCAUUAACAGUAUAAAGUCUGAGUCUGCUCCUUCUGCUGUCUCUGGUAGCAAGCUUGAAGGACAAGCCAGUGCCCCUCAUGACACCAUUUGUGAUAGUUUUGGCAAGGUGCAGCAUGUGGCUAGCAGGCAGAAUAAAGACUGCUUGGUAGUUGCUAUGGCUGAGUGCAGACCUGUCAUAAAUGGUGUUCCAAAUGAGGUCAUUGUCUGCAAAUGCUGUAGGUCAGAAACAAUGCAAGAUGGAGGGCAGAUGAGCAAUCCUGGCACAGAGGCUGGUGACCUUGACAAAGCUGCGUGCAUUGCUCCCACGCGACGUAGGUGUUGUGAGGCUGCUUUGACAUCCAGCUGCAGGCCUGCCAGCUCUGAUGCCCAGGCUGUUUGUGAAGGAGCUGGUGCUAACACAACCAGAGUUCCUAACACUGUCACUUUAUUGCAUGGUGGAGGCAGCAAAGUUUAUUUAAAUGCAACAUUUGAUAAUUUUAUUUCUUUCAGGCAAAGCUUUGAUGAAUGGUGCAGGGAGGGCAAGCACAUAGUCACAAUAAGUAGGUCUCAUAGAAGUCCAUUUGCAACAGAAUCUAAAGAGUUUGAGUAUAUUAGGAUUUCAUAUAGCUGUGUUCAUGGUCGUGCUAUAAAACCAAGAGGCACAGGAAAGCGACCCAAGCAAGCAUACAAUGGUACUGGUUGUGAAAUGGCAGUUUCAGUAAGCCUGUGCAAGUCACCUACUCUUCACUACAAAAUAACCAAGCUGCAAGCUAAGCAUAAUCACGCCACGAAGUAUUAUGACUUGUAUCCUCAAAGCAGGCUUCUAAACGAUGCAGAGAAGGUAGAAUUCUUUGAUUUUGCCAAAUGUAAUAUUGGCCCAAAGUAUUUUAAAAGUUUGGUCAAACAGAAAACGGGCAAGAAAUUAACUACAAAAGAUGUUAACAAUUACAAGCAAAGGUUUUCUAUUCCUAUUCGCAACGAGCAGGCUCACGGAGAAAUGGUUUUGGAAAAAAUAGACACCUUGUUAGCAAAUAAUCCAAACUGGGUCAUUCACUAUGAAAAGAAUCAAAGUAAUAACCUGCAAUUUGUGUUACUUCAGACAACGCACAUGCGUGAGAUUUUGGAAAAGUACCCAGAGAUUUUAUUUAUUGAUGGAACAUAUAAAGUAAACAUUGAAGGCUAUAUCUUGUACUCUAUAUUGGUUGAAGAUGGUGGAGGUCGUGGGAGACCUGUGUGUUAUGCCUUUUUGCAGAAUGAAACGACUGAAAUUGUGCAGGCUAUGUUUGCCAAGUUUGCAGAGUUUAACCCGUUCAUUGUAUCUGCUUGCAGAGUAGUCAUGAUAGAUAAAGACAUGAACGAGCUACGCAUUUUGACCAAGAUUCUUCCUAAUUCUGAAAUUUUGUUGUGUACAUGGCAUGUGCUGCAAUGCUUUCAGCAAAAAGUCAAUGAGAAAGCUAGACUGCAGCGUGAUCAGUUACUCCCUCUGUUAAAAAAAAUUGUUUAUUCCUUCACUGUGCAGGACUACUUAGACAGGCUUGCUGAGCUCGAAGCUAUGGCGUCUAAAGAUUUUAUUUCUUAUUACAUGCAGAACUGGCACUCCUGUAAAGAAAUGUGGGUACAUGCAUAUCGGCAGAAACUUCCUACAUUUGACAGGUGGUGUAAGGAUCAUUUCCUGAGUGACAGCUGCAUGGUCUCAAGUGCCACACCAGUGGUGACAAGCAGCAUUCAGCUGCUGCCAUCUGUGAAGCUCGACACUGCUCAAGAAAAGUAUUCUUACACCUACAAGAGGCUUUGUGAAAUGUCCAAGACUGUGGCUAAUGUAUUAUCUAAUUGUGGUGAGAAGGAGCUAAUGGAAAAACUUGCAUCAUGCGAGGCAUUCUUCAGAAACUUAACCACCUUUCCUAGUAAUCAAAUUACAGUUAGCUUACAAGGUACACCAGCUCCAUUACCCCAGUUGACUGCUACAAGCAGUUGCAGGCAUUCGAAUAGUACAAAACUUAAUGUACCUUUGGUAAAAGCAAGAAGAGGACGGCCAAAGAAAGUCAAAGCUGUUAAGCGUAAGUUUUUGCCAUCGCAAAAGCAAAUGGUAAGCCUUGCAAUGGUGACAGCAGACAUGUUAAAUGUCUGCAAACGCUACUCUCUUUCAGAUGCCGAUUUAAAUGCUUUAGUACAGGGCACCUCAAUAUCAGACAGCGUGAUUAACGUAGCACAAUACUUGAUUCAUAAAAAGUUUCCUCACUGGGAUGGUUUUCAAGAUGUGCUACUUGGCCAUCGUUUACAAUUUACUAAAGUAGAAAGCCCUUUUAUUCAAAUCUUGCAUGUCCGAAAUCCCGAUCACUGGCUUACGGUAACCAAUGCUGACGCUGAUGAAAACACAGUCUUUGUAUAUGACUCAAUUGACCAAGGUACUCCUUCUGAUGCCAUCAGGCAAAUCUGUCACAUGCUAAAAUUGCAGUCACCAACGCUGACCAUUUGCACUAAAGGGGCACAAAACCAGUGCAACACGCUUGACUGUGGCUUGUUUGCAAUUGCAAAUAUGUAUUAUUUAGCAUCAGAUUGGAGACCAGAAAAUUUAAACCUUAGUCAGAGUAUGCUGCGCAGACAUUUGCUGAAAUGCAUACAAAAAGGCCACAUGGAAGAUUUUCCACUCACAAGCUCCCCCACUACUCGUGUGCGGCCAAAAGAUUGUAUUUAUGAGUUGCAUUGUGUAUGCAGGCAACCGCUGUAUGGCAGAAAAGUACUGGACAUUUCUUGUGCAUACUGUUCAAAAACCUUUCACAGGGAAUGCCUUCGCCUUUUACCAGAUAAUAUGGAUAAAAAAAUAAUUGUGUGCUCUAACUCAUGUUUGGCUAGUGCCAAGGAAAAAAUCCACACUUGUAGUACGUAGCAUUUUUCUCUUUGUACGGCUUUAGCCAAACCUGACUAUAACAAGCCAGCAUAAAGUGAAUUAUCCUGUAUAUUGCACACACAACUUCCUGACUGAUACUCAUGCAAAACACUCACUUGUAACAGAGGCCUUUUUUUUUCGUACUUUUUUUUAAAAUACUGCCUAAAUGUUAGAAUACUCGGAAACAUACCAGCAGUGUACUUCAAGCAAGCUCCUAUCGAGUCUCUAUUUUGAGUGACUGGCAAGCUGUUUAAGGCUAAAGAUUGCUGUCUACUAUGCAUGGUUUUGUUUACAAAAAUGCAGGUAACUCUGACUUAAUUUUUCCACUGAGGACAACAAAUUCAUGUAGGACAAACACAAUACAAAAGUUUGUUUCCUUUCGUUAUAGGUGCAUUUGGAUUUGAAGAAUUACCUGAUAUAAUGAACCUAUUUUUAGUGCAUAGGCCAGUUAUUAUCGGGUUUCAGUGUAUCUACAAGCUACCAGUAAACACUGACACAAACCGGUGAUGUGAAACUUUUAUUGUUCCAGAGCCCCGUUAGCAAUAUGCUUGUAUACUUCGAUGCUGUUAAGAGGUUUAUUUGUUAAUUAUCAAUGCAUUAACUUAGAUCCAUUAGCAGCUGUGCAACUGCUUUAUGGUUACCUGCGCCAUCGGGAUUGCUUAGGCCCAACCACAAGGAACAAGUUUACAACAUAUUUUUGGCCGGCUAUUUGAUUUGACGUGGGCACAAUUCAGCAUCUAGAGCAUCAACCCCAGCAUCUCAUCAUUCUUGACGAUGGCAGCUGGCGUCAACAAUCCGUCAGGAAUGUGUUUCUUGUGGUUGAAACUUUAAUGUGGGCAGGUUCACUUUGUAUUAUUCAAUUUGAAAACCUGAUCAAUCUGCUUCUAAGUAGUAGCAAGUAUUUUGGAUAUUCAACUGUGUUACAAAAUUAGCUUGCCAUCGGUCUGGUACUGCUUUAGCAACCGAAAUCUGUACUGACAUUGCCCCAUUACCUUCCCGUUGCCGCAAGUCUCUCGGCGGAGCCUGACCGCUACAGAGCGCGUUCUCGGGUGGCGGAUAGAGAAAACUCUUGUCAUGAAGCUGCGCUAAGCAGCUUCAUGCAAGACAGGCACUUGUGCCCGUGGACCAACAGGCUAAGAAAAUCCUCAACAGCAGCACUCGGGUUGUCACAGUGACAUGUUCAUCUCGGAGUGCAAGUUGCAGAUUCUUUUUAAUCCUUUGUACUUCACCUGCGUUUUUUUCCCUCUUGUACAGGUCCACUGAUGUACCAGCUGCAUGCAUUCACACUACCAUCAAGUCAUCAGGAGCGUCUGUACCUCUAUCUAAAUAUUACACUAUUGUCUAAGGUGGAAAAUGAGACUUGUAUAUUUUGCUGUAAUGGUUCUGCCAAUAAAAGAUUGAUUAUA